UCAAUCUUCUUUUUAUAAAAAUAUUACGAAAUAGAAAAUAAUAAGUAAUACGUUAGUCAAAAUCUAAACAACACGAACAGAAGGUUCAUAAAGACACAAUUUUUUAAAACUUAUUUAUCAGUGCUUUUUCAAUUAAAAUGCAACGUGUAAUCGGACCUACUAAAUAAUAUUAGUCUAAGAUGUUUAAAAAAAAACUCAGUGCAAGUGGAAAUUUUAUAUUAAUGUAGCUUGUGGUUGACAAAUGUUGAGGUUAUGGUACAAUUAUCCACAAGCCGAAUUUGUUUUAAAUAAACGCAAUAAACCAAUUUCCUUUAGGACUGUAAAGUGCAGAAACAUUUUAGAGAUAAUUUAGUUAAAACCCGAGACUAAGUGCGAUCAGAAAAUACAUUUAUCUCCACAGUGUCGUACAUAACCUAAAAGAGAAACGUCACUUUCGUUUUUCUUCGGACAAGUUUUUCAUUAAAUUCGGCUUUAAAAAUACUACUAAAAAUCAUGUUAUAACAAAAUGAAUCCCGCAAAUCAUAAAACGGUUUUUGUGUUAGAUCACACGCCUUAUUUUGGUAUUUCUACCGAAAGUCCAUUAGAUUUUGACUGUCUCAAAAGUCGGGGGCAAAAUCUCAUUCCUUUGGCCCCUAUUUGCAAAUCAUUAUGGACAACGAGUGUGGAAUCCUCGAUGGAAUAUUGCCGAAUUGUGUGGGAUUUAUUCCCUACUGGAAAAUUGGUCAGAUUUGUUGUAAGCGAUCAUGCUGCACAUAUAUUAAAUACCUGGAGUCCUCUACAACAAAAUCUCUCACAUAUUAUGAACGGCAUGGCAAUCAUAGGAGUUCCGCCAAGAUCUCAUCAGCCUGGAGCAGAUUUUUCUGUGAUACAUGGUCUAAGAGUUGCAAUUGAAGCCCUCACCGAAUGUUCUGAAAUUCAGCAGGAAAAAAGGUCGAACUCGAGUGAGAAUGCCAGCAAACUAUUAAAUAGAGGAAGGGUAAUUUGCAUCACAAGCGCGAGAGACAACAUCAACAUGAAAAGCUUGGAGAAUAUUUUCCUCAACGAGUUAGCACAGCAAAAUAAAAUUGCCUUAACGUCAGAUCGCCUGAUACCAAUAAACCAUUGCCAUUUGGUUAUUCUCAACAUAUUCCCCAACAAUGUGGAAUCCCAGGUCACUAGUCAAAAUCCACGCGAGGUUUCAACGCUCUUGACGAUGGAAGUUCAUUCCAUGAAAGCUCCAACCCUCCACUCAAAAUUAUCUCACUUAAUUUUAUCCCAUUACGAUUUGGCGAGUACAACAGUGACUGGAAUUCCGAUGAAAGAAGAACAGAAUGCGAGUUCUUCCGCAAAUUACGACGUUGAAAUCUUUCACGCUUCUGCAGCUCAUUUGGCAAUCUUGAAAGGCAAUCCACAAGACUCGGCGUUGCUGAAAACUUUUCGCAGAUUCGAAGAAGGUUCUGAGUACGAAACGGUGACCUUGAAAUGGUGCACGCCGAGAGGUCACAACAAUGCAGAGAUGCAAAUUUGUACGGCGAUGCAUAGAAUUACUCCUGUGGAUGUAAACAGUAGGCCUUCAUCGUGUCUUACCAAUUUCUUACUGAACGGAAGAUCUGUCAUGUUGGAAAUGGUUCGGAAAAGCGGAGGAAAAACAAUCUCUCAUGUUCUCGCCGCUCAUGGGGGAGAAAUAUUUAUUCAUACCCUUUCAACAUCGAGGAGCGUUUUGGAAGAUCCACCAUCGAUAAGUGAAGGAUGCGGUGGAAGAGUGACUGAUUAUCGGAUUACUGACUUUGGAACUUUUAUGAAAACUAAUCAGUUGGUGCCUUUAAAACGAACUUCAGUCAAUGCUGAUGGACCAGCAGAUAAAAUGAGAGUAAGACUUGAAAAGCACACAAAAUACUGGCCUAUUACUAUUUCGAAUACGCUGAUGUUUAAUAUAAAGCAGGUAAUAGAUCCUUUGCCAGAUCUGAUAGUAAAGGACGAACUAACGAAGGAAGAAGUCCUGCAAUGCAAACAGAUAAUUUUUUCACUUCUUCAAUUGGAAGCAAAACACGAGUCUUUACCUUUACCAAGUAUUGGGGGAGGAAGAGGAGGCAAAGGUGGAGUUCGCCGUGAAGAACAUUAUAGAUUAUUAUUCACCGAACUCGAAACAUUUUUGAAAGGCCAUGCAAUUAAUUCUUCGAAUCAUACUGAAGUUCUCAAUUGUCUACUCGAAGUUAGGAAUAAGGACGACAAAGACAAAGUCGAAUUGGAUCAAGCAUUGCGAGAAUUGGAUGAAUUAGGAAAAGAAGACUCGACUGCUCGAGCAACAGUUAUUCGAGCGACGACGGAUUCACCGAUGUCUCCGCCACUUGUUACGACCUCAGCUGUAAAAUUGCAAAGAGGCUUAUAUGGUCAGAAAAGUUUAUUGGAUAUCUGGUUACAUCGAAGUUCUCCGAAGAAUAAGACCCCAGAAUUCAGCGGAAGGUUGAAUUGUGAAGGACUGAAAGCGAAAUUGUACCCUAAUCUCAAGGAAGUUGGACGCGAACCUCGGGAAAGUAUGAUUGAAGGAUAAUCUUCUGAUCAACAAAAAGAACUUUCUUCGGUAUUAACGUUUUCCCUGACCUGUGGCCACCUUGCUAUUUAUUAAGUAUAGACCUGUCAAAAACAAGAUCUAAAACUAAAAAUGACAGCCACUGAGUAAUAUUUCUUUCAAAAAAUGAUAUCCGGAGCAAGAAUAGAAGCAGAGAAAAAAGUCUGUAGAAUUCUCGACGAGUCAAAAAGUUCCCAGCACUCUGAAACUGCUGAACCAUCCACAUCGGAAUGAGGGGUCGAGAGAAAGCGAGCCGUGAAACGUUAGACUUUCACUCGAGAUCCUUGUCGAGAACAGGCUGAGAGGCUAAAAUAAAAUAAGAACCAAAGAGCUCCGAGACAGGGUAGAAAUCCACACAGAUUGGAGAUUCAUCGCGUAUUUUUAUUUAUUUUUUAAAUAAUCAUCCACUACAGUAAUAUUCACUCUGAUCAAUCGCAAAACAAUCGCCUCUAUCCUCAUUUCGCAAAGUGUGUCUAGCGACUUUAUCAAUCAUCGUAGUCGUCGUGCUCGUAUAUUUUAUCGACAUCUUCAUAAUCUUCACUCAAUCAUCCUCAUUAUCUUCAUUAUCAGCAACUCAACUCAGCUCAACUCAUCUCACUCAUCUCAUUCCCUUUGACCGCAAUCGACAUCAACUCUACACAAAUCUUCACUUUAAUCCGCCUACUCAUCUCGUUAUACAGCGAUAAUUAAUUAUUUCUUAUUAAUUAUUAUUCCGUACAACAAAUAUAAUUACAUCGUAUCAUAUCAACUAACGAAUAUCCAACUGAAAAUCACUGUAAACCGGUUGCUGUUUGAUGGUUGGUUGUAUUAUUUUUCCUUCGUCUCGCUUUAAGGCCAUAAGUGAAAUAUCUAAAUUUAUCAUAUUCAGCGCUAAAUAGUGUAUGUAUAAAUUGUUCCAGGACCCUAAAAUGAGGUACAAUAUACAGAAGUCUCUCAACUACAGCCGACUCUCUCUAUCUCUUCCCUCCCAAAACCGUCAUUUCUUUUUAUCAUUUUAAUAAAGCUUGCAGCAAAUUUCGAGAUCAUCUUCAAAUCUCCAAUCUCAUUUAGAAUUUUCUAUUCAAUUUUUAAGAUACCUUUUCAAUACAUUAAAAUUUGAAAGUCCUCGCGAAAUAACUUUUAAUUUGAAGGUUUUUAAGAAUUCAA